AUGGAGAGCAGCUGUGAGAGGCCAGGAACGCUCGCUGGUGAAGGUACAGCCGCAGUAGCAGACCCAGCAACAGACCCAGGGUUGGAGGGGUCAAAGAGAGGAAUUGAAGCUUGGUACCAUGAAGAGAGCCUGUUUCAUUGGCCCCACUAUGGAUCUCCACUGGCUGGGGAGAGUCUGUCUGUACAGGUGGUCAACUGCAGCCGUGUGUUCAGCCCCAGGCCCCUUGGGACCCUGGUGAUCUCCCUGCAGCAGUUGCAGAGUGCUGGGCACUUGGUGCUGAGGGAAGCCCUAGUGGACGAGAAACUCCGGGUGUCCCCAAUCCAGGUGGAGCUUGACUUAAAGUAUCAGCCCCCUGAGGGAGCUGCUGGAACCUGGGCAGAGGAGGACUUUGGGACACCCAUUCGAGACAGCUCAGAACUGAUCAUCCCCAAUGUGGGCUUCCAGGAGUUGGAGCCCGGGGAGGCCUGGCUGGAGCGUCAGGCAGUGGCUCUGGCCCGGAAGCUAGCUCAAAGCCUAGGAACACAGGAUGACGGAGAGAAUGAGCUGGAGCUGGAGCUGGAGGGGGAGGACGAGCCUGACGUGGAGAUUUCUGGAGUGGUGUUCAGCCCCCUCAAAAGCCGCACCCCGGGCCUGCCCCGUGGGGAUCCCUUCCAGGUGUGCAGAGCCCAGGACUUCCAGGUCGGGGUCACUGUACUUGAGGCCCAGAAACUGGUGGGAGUCAAUAUUAACCCCUACGUGGCUGUGCGCGUGGGGGAUCAGCGCCGCGUGACCAUAACACAGCGUGGAACCAAUUGCCCCUUCUACAACGAGUACUUCUUGUUCGAAUUUCACAAGACUCGGCUACACCUACAAGACUUGCUGCUGGAGAUCACUGCUUUCCACUCGCAGACUCUCCCGUUUAUGGCCACCAGGAUAGGCACCUUCAGGAUGGAUCUGGGCGUGGCCUUGGACCAGCCAGAUGGGCACUUCCAUCAAAAGUGGGCUCCUCUGCAUGAUCCCCGUGACCGCUCGGGGACCAAGGGCUUCGUCAAGAUCACCUUGUCUGUGAGGGCACGUGGGGACCCUCCCCUCCCACUGCCACCCCCAUGCCCGGGGACCAGUUCAGAUAUUGAGAAGAAUCUACACCUGCCCCGUAGAGUGCAGGCUGAGAGGCCAUGGGCUCGCCUGCGGGUACGCGUGUACCGUGCAGAGGGUCUUCCCACAGUGCGCACGGGGCUGCUAGGCAGUCUGGCCCGUGCCCUGCAUGACCAGCACGUCCUCCUGGACCCCUAUGUGCGGGUGAGCUUCCUGGGACAGCAGGGUGAGACUUCGGUGCGUGGAGAAGAGGCGGCGCCCAAGUGGAACGAGCAGUUGAGCUUUAUGGAACUCUUCCCGCCACUAACGCGCGGCCUUCGGCUGCGUGACGACGCGCCGCUCGUGGAUGUGGCCCUCGCCACGCACGUGCUGGACCUGAGGCAGAUCUCGAACUCUGGCCGCGCGGCGGAGUUUAAGCCCACUUUCGGUCCAGCCUGGGUGCCCCUCUAUGGCUCGCUCCCCAGUGGCAGGCUCUGGGAUGGUCUUCAAAGUCUCAAAGAAGGCACUGGGGAAGGCAUUUGGUUCCGGGGCCGACUUCUGGUAGCUGUGUCCAUGGAGGUGUUGGAAGGCAGAGUUGAACCUAAGUCCCCCCAGACCACACAGGGGUCCAGAUUAUCCCGACUCGCUGGAAAGAAGAAAAAAAAGAAAACCAAGCAGGAUGAGACACCGGCUGCCGUUCUGCAGCCUGUGGAUGCCGGCGCCCGUGGGGAUGCCCCUGAGAUUCCCAGUGCAAUGGAGGUGGAGGUGGAGGAGUUGCUGCCUCUGCCAGAGCAUGCCCUGGCGUCCUGUGAAGACUUCCUGCUUUUUGCAGUGGUCUUUGAGGCCACCAUGAUUGAUCCUUCGCUGGCCAAGCAGCCCAUCAGCUUGGAGAUUUCCAUUGGUCAUGCAGGACGCAGAGAGGAACAAUUGGGCCAAAGGACAAGGACUGUCGAAACUCAAGAUAGCAAACUGGAAGCUCAACCUCUCCUGGGAUCUGAGGACAGAGGGUCAGGACAGGAGGAGGAAGAGUUGCUGGGGACACCUGCUCAGUGGCCUGAGCCUGUGGAUGGCAAUGGCCCAUACCUAUGCUUGCCUCUGCAUCACCGAAAGCCUUGUCUGCCUGUAUGGAGCCGCUGGGAGGAUUACACUUGGCGCCUGCAUUGCAGCAACAGUGUGUGCAAAGUAGCAGAGAGGCUGGACCAGGGCCUGCAGGAGGUUGAGAAGAUGCAGCGCAGGUCCAGGCUGGGUGCCUGCACACGACUCAAGCAGACUCUGGAAGAGCUGGUGGCUGGGAGCAGACAGUUUUGCCUCGGUGCUGAGCGCAGGACGAUGACUCGACCCAACGCCCUGGAUCGAUGCCGAGGGAAACUACUGUCGCACAGCCUGAAUCUGAUGGCAAAGCAGGGACUGCAGCUUUUACGGGGCCGGAGGCAGAGCAACAUGCAAAGGAAGUUGACCCUGGCCAAGAAGCUCCUGGCAAAACUGCAUUUCCUGACUCAGGAGCCACAGCCACCCCUCCCUGAUGUGCUGGUCUGGAUGUUCAGCGGCCAGCGCCGUGUGGCCUAUGCCCGCCUCCCUGCCCAGGAUGUGCUGUUCUCCAAGGUUGAGGAGGAGCGAGGCCGGGACUGUGGGAAGAUCCAGAGCCUUCUACUCACAGCACCUGGGGCCGCCCCUGGUGAGGUCUUUGCCAAGCUGGAGCUCUUUCUGUGGCUGGGACUGGCCAAGCAAGCCAAGGCCUGCACCUCUGAGCUGCCCCCAGAUCUUCUGCCUGAACCCUCAGCUGGGCUGCCGCACAGCCUCUACCGGGACGACUUUAGCUACUUCCAGCUGCGGGCUCACCUGUACCAGGCCCGGGGUGUGCUGGCAGCAGAUGACAGUGGCCUCUCGGACCCCUUUGCACGUGUCCUCAUCUCUACCCAGUGCCAGACCACACGGGUCUUGGAGCAGACACUGAGCCCCCUGUGGGACGAACUCUUGGUGUUUGACCAGCUGAUUGUGGAUGGCAGGCGGGAACUCUUGCAGGAGGAGCCUCCACUAGUGGUCAUCAACGUCUUUGACCACAAUAAGUUUGGCCCUUCUGUGUUCCUGGGCAGGGCACUUGCAGCCCCAAGGGUAAAGCUGAUAGAGGACCCAUAUCAGCGCCCGGAGCUACAGUUCUUCCCGCUGAGGAAGGGAUCACAGACUGCUGGAGAAGUCAUCGCUACCUUUGAACUCAUUGAACUGGACUACAGUGGCCGCUUCGAGCCCUCAGUGCCUAGCGAUGUGGAGCCCCAGGAUCUGUCAUCUCUAGUUCAGCCCAUCUCGGGACACCUGGCCCUGCCUCCACACGUGCGCCCUGUGCUCAGGGAGUUCCGUAUUGAGGUGCUGUUCUGGGGUCUGCGAGGCCUGGGUCGUGUGCACCUGUUUGAGGUGGAAAGGCCCCAGGUUGUUCUAGAAGUGGCCGGGAGACGCCUGGAGUCUGAAGUUCUGGCCAGCUACCGCGAGAACCCUAACUUCACAGAACUUGUCCAGCAUGUGACAGUGGACUUGCCAGAACAGUCAUACCUGCAGCCCCCACUCAGCAUCGUGGUGAUUGAGCGCCGGGCCUUUGGCCGGACUGUCCUUGUGGGUUCCCAUAUUGUCUCCAACAUGCUGCAGUUCACACUCCAGGGUCGUGAGGAUCCCCCUGAGGAGGAGGAACCAGAGGAGGACACAAGAGACCUGGUGCCAAAGGGCCCUCAAGGAGAGCAGUCUCGAGACCCCUUCGGGGCUGAAGCAGGACUAUCCAGCCGGAUUCUGAAGGCUCCUCUGAAGAAGCUCACCUUAGGGCUCCUGGGUCAAGGCCCCGAGCUGGAGGAGGACAUCCCAGAUCCAGAAGAGAUGGACUGGUGGUCCAAGUACUACGCCUUGCUGCAGGAGCUCCACGGGCAGUCCAACUUCGAUGAGGAUGAGAUGGAGGACGCUGGGGACCCAGACAGCACCCACCUCAUUUCUGCGGACAGGGAGGCCCAGGAGCAGGGGAGAACUGAUACCAAAGUUUCUGGACCUCGGAAAAAAGCAAUUGCCACCUUGAAGAUCUAAAACAACUCCUUGGAGGAGGAGUUUAACCACUUCGAAGACUGGCUGAAUGUGUUCCCCCUGUACAAAGGGCAAGGCGGCCAGGCUGGAGAUGGAGAGGAAGGAUCUGGACACUUUGUGGGCAAGUUCAAGGGCUCCUUCCUCAUUUACCCUGAGUCAGAGGCGCCUCAGAUCUCCAGGGGGAUCCCCCAGAACCGGCCCAUCAAGCUUCUGGUUAGAGUGUAUGUCGUGAAGGCUACCAACCUGACUCCCGCGGACCCCAAAGGCAAGGCAGACCCCUAUGUGGUGGUGAGCGCUGGCAAGGAACAGCGGGACACUAAGGAACGCUACAUCCCCAAGCAACUCCACCCCAUCUUUGGAGAGGUGCUGGAGUUGAAUGUCUCCCUUCCAGCAGAGCCAGAGCUGACUGUGGCCAUAUUCGAUCAUGACCUCAUGGGCUCUGAUGACCUCAUUGGGGAGACCCACAUUGACCUGGAAAAUAGAUUCUAUAGCCACCACAGAGCCAACUGUGGGCUGGCCUCCCAGUAUAAUGUGGAUGGGUACAAUGCCUGGCACGAUGCCUUCCGGCCUUCACAGAUUCUGGCGGGGUUGUGCCAGCGCUGUGGCCUCCCUGCCCCAGAAUACCGAGCUGGGGCUGUCAAGGUGGACAACAGAGUUUUCCUGACACCGUCCGAGGCCCUGCCUUCAGACGGCAGAGAUCCCAAGGUGAGAAAUGAGGCUUCUGAAGAGGCUCAAGCAUUGCUCGUGCUGCGGCUGCGGCGUUGGCAGGAGAUGCCAGGACUCGGGAUCCAGCUGGUACCUGAACAUGUGGAAACACGGCCCCUGUACCAUCCCCGCAGCCCAGGGCUGCUGCAGGGAUCCCUUCAUAUGUGGAUUGACAUCUUCCCCAGUGACGUGCCUGCCCCACCCCCAGUGGACAUCAAGCCUCUGCAGCCAAUCAGUUAUGAGCUCAGAGUUGUCAUCUGGAACACGGAAGAUGUGGUUCUGGGUGACGUGAACCCGCUCACAGGAGAGAUGUCGAGCGACAUCUAUGUGAAAAGCUGGAUAAAGAGGCUGGAGCAUGACAAACAGGAGACAGACGUCCACUUCAACUCCCUGACUGGAGAGGGCAACUUCAAUUGGCGCUUCGUGUUUCGCUUUGACUACCUGCCUACGGAGCGGGAGGUGAGCGUCCGGCGCAAGCCCGGACCCUUCGCCCUGGAGGAGGCUGAGUUCCGGCAGCCAGCUGUGCUGGUGAUGCAGGUUUGGGACUACGACCGCAUCUCCGCCAACGACUUCCUUGGAGCCCUGGAGUUGCAGCUACCAGACAUGGUGAGGGGGGCCCGGGACCCUGAGCACUGUUCUGUUCGACUAGCCCUUGGUGGGGCUGGGCCGAGGUGCAAUCUGUUUCACUGUCGUCGAUUGCGGGGCUGGUGGCCGGUGGUGAAGAUGAAGGAAGUGGAAGAUGUGGAGCGAGAGGCCCGAGAAGCUCAGGGUCGUAAGAAACGGAAGAGGAGGAGGAAGGGACGGCCAGAGGACCUGGAGUUAGACACCGGUGGCAACGGCUACAUCCUCACGGGGAAGGUUGAGGCGGAAUUUGAACUGCUGACUGUGGAGGAGGCAGAGAACCGGCCAGUUGGGAAGGGAAGAAAAGAGCCCGAGCCGCUGGAGAAGCCCAACCGCCCCAAAACCUCCUUCAACUGGUUCGUGAACCCCCUGAAGACUUUUGUCUUCUUCAUCUGGCGCCGGCACUGGCGCAUCCUGGUGCUGCUGCUGCUGCUGGCGCUCAUCACUGUCUUUCUCCUCCUCGUCUUCUACACCAUCCCUGGACAGAUCAGUGAGGUCAUCUUCCAACACUAGUCCGAGGGACCAGGGACACCCUGCUCAGGAAGUCCUUUCUUCCAACAUGAGCUCUAGGGUCCAGUACUUGAGUUUAAUAAACCUCACU